UUUGCCUGGUUGUUCACGGUGAUUACAUCGACUGUGCACGGAUUCGACGUGUGGUUGGGGGACAACCGCUUGAAGUGGGAUCAUGGCCCUGGCUGGUGUCUCUGAACUACAGGCAACACCACGACUACCUGGUUCUCCAGGGUCUGCAGCAUCUGUGUGGAGGGACUCUGAUCAACGAGUCGUGGAUUCUGACUGCAGCACAUUGUGUGUAUUCUAUACCUGCUUAUCCCGGCCUGGGAGAAUCACAAAACUGGAUUGCAGUUCUUGGAGAGUACAACAGAGGCAUACCAGAACAGACGGAGCAGCGCAUAGAAAUUGACCAAAUAUUUCUGAAAAAUUAUACAAUUUUCCCUAGACUUUUGGAAGACAUUGCCCUUCUGAAGUUAAAAAGACCAGCACAUAUCUCGUCUAGUGUGCGCUCUGUAGCCUUAGACAUGGCCCGGACGAUUCCAAAUGGCACAAGGUGCAGAGCUGCAGGCUGGGGACAGCAUACUGCAGACGAGCCCGGAGAACCACAGUACGGCAACGGAACAAUGAUUCCACAUGUUGUUGUAGUACAGCGGAUUCCUGAUCAAACAUGUCUGUCUCUGUACGGGCAGACGUGGCCAGCUAUUGAUGACAGAUCCAUGUGUUUUAGCUCCGAGGAUCGGCAGGAUACAUGUAAGGGUGACUCCGGAGGGCCGCUCAUCUGCGAUAUCCCAGGUGGCCAGCCAGCCAUCACUGGUAUCGUGUCCUUGGGAGUUGGCUGUGGAAUGACUAACUAUCCCGGGAUUUACACACGUGUGUCUAGCUACAGCGACUGGAUUGCUUGGACUAUUGCAAACUUCUAA